AUGGACUCCCCAGAAUCGUCAGCAAAGCUGCUCUGGCUGAUGUACAAAAACGCCCGGAACCUUCUCCCGUACCGCACACGGAUGGAGAAUCUUACAUGGCGAAUGAUGUUUGUGAACUCACGAAAGAACAAAAUCAAAAUGCCAGCCUCAGGACCCUUGGGCGACUUUUUGAUUACGCCGCUCCUAGACCACUUGGGAAUUAAUCAGAAAGAUUCCAAGCUGCCGCGGGAAGACCCUGGCGCUGACGACUUUGAUUACGUAGCACACAUUCGGAGAAUGGGCCAGGAAGAGGUGACAAAUGCAAGAAAGCGUCCAGCACCAGUGCUGCCGUUCUUGUUAGCCACAGAGCGCCAACCUAUUCAUCUGAACUUGCUGGCCGCGCUCAAGGAGCAUGCGGUGCCUCUGAACAUCUUUGCCAACGACCAUGCCUUCUCAUUUUCGCUAGAUCCGUUGGCCUUUGAAGGUCCGAAUGAGAACUUUGGCAAUCCACAGAGGAUGGAGAUGGAUUUGGCGUUCACGCCGUACGGCUACGAGCCACUGGAAACCUCUCAGCCUACUCCGGGGAAUGGGCCUACUCAUUCAACUCAAAAUGGUCUCCAUGGCCUGGCAGUCCAAAAUGGCCACAAUGGACAACCUUCCCAGAGCGGCCACAUCGGCGCCACUAAUGGCCACACGGGUUCUACCAAUCACAGCAAAAGUCAGACAAGCACUCCAGGUAACACCAAUACUUUUGGCUCCAGCUACUUCUCCACAUCGGCCCCAAAACCUAUCCAGGCUCCCCAUGGUGGCAUGGGCGCAACCAUGAACCAAAACUCUCGUGGUUAUCCACCACUGAAACGCCAGACACCGCUGCUGCUGUAUGAGGCGCCAUUUGUUUAUCCAGCCACCCUCCACAACUCGCUUCAUCGCCAAGACAACUCACUAAUUAGCGUGGCUGACCAUUUUGCUGGUCUGCGCUCUCAUACGCCUUACGAAUUGGACGACAGGUCGUCAGGGUCGGUUCCCGGGUCUGCAUCGUCUGCUCAGACGUUUCACGAUGCUUUGCAAGGCCGGGGCGUAAGAAACAGUACUAAUAAUGGAUCCAUGGGUGGAACUGGACCCAAUAUGGGUUUAAGCGUGAACGGCCACGCUGCCUCCAUCAGUGGCUCACUUGGAGGAUCGCUAAGUGCCAUGCCACCGAGCUCCAUCAGCGGGAUGGGCGGUCUCGAGGGUCCUUCUUCCAUUUCAGGCUCUGUAGAGACGAUUUCUGGCAUGAUGGGCCGCCCCGGAGGACGGGACUUCCAUCACUUCGAUAACUUUGGACCCUCCAACCCACCAUCACAUCUGUUUUCAAAUCUGUGGACGGAUAGCUUUUUUGACGACAGUCCAGCGCCGCUUCUGGCCGCCACCUCUGCAUCUACAGCUACCCCAACGAUGGGCCGGUCUGCCACUCCAAAGAAAAAGGCGAAAAAAACCAAACCUACAAAGAAAAGAAAAGAUCCGCUGCCUACUGCCGUGGCACCUCCUCCAUCUGGCUUUAAUGCUUCCAAUGGAACAGGGACAGCAGCAGGUGGAGCAGGUGGAGCCGGCGGAGCUGGAACACCAGGAGCAAAUGUCGAAUGUACAAAUUGCCACACGAAAACAACGCCGUUGUGGCGGAGAAAUCCCCAGGGAGAGCCCCUUUGCAAUGCCUGUGGGUUGUUUUUAAAAUUGCAUGGUACGGUUCGUCCGCUCAGUCUUAAGACCGACGUUAUCAAGAAGAGACAGCGUGGCCAGAACCCACUGGGCAGCAAAAAAGGGUCUGUGCUGGCACAGUCAGGAACACCAUCGCAGAGGCUGCCAACCACGGGAUCUACGUGGGACGGGGACGAUUUCAACCCUACUCCCGUGCACAAGAACAACAGAAAGGUGGAUGUAAAAAAGAAAGAGAAAAAGGAGUUGAAGAAGGACAAGAAGGACGAGCCACUUAAUAUGAAGAAGGAGUUUCCCAGCGAGUCAGAGAGGCCAGGCGAAAACGGUAGCGAUGCUAGAAACCACUGGACGGUUUCUCCUGGGUCGUUUGCCCAGCAAAGAGAAGAGUACUUGCACCCAAUCCAUGAGCUAGACAAGGAGCAUGAAUGGGAGACGAUGCAGCAGCACGAAAUAGCAAUGGAAGAGCCGGAGACAGACGAGUCUAGGAACAAGUGGGACUGGCUCAGCAUGACGUUAUAG